GUUGCAUUGGCCUAAAAAUAUCGUCAGUAGCAGAUCGUCGGCCGUCUUUCCUAGAAUUUUCCGAUCCGAUAAUGGAUAUUUUUCGUUACCGAAAAAUGUUUAUCUACAUUUUAACAUUUAUGGCAUACGCGUGGUCCGGCUAUGGCGCGGGCCUUCUCUCAAAUUUACGUGAUGCGGUGUUGUCAGCCGAAACGAUUUUUGGAGAUUUUUUCCAAAACGCCAUAACCGUGGCACGAAAAAUCAAGGAUAUUCAUGAAGUUUUUGAUGCCGCUGUUGAGGAAGCCUGCAUUUUCAAAUGCCCAACAGGUGUUGCACCAAAACCGGAUCGGAAUCAUGUGCCGACAAGCAAUGGAUGCGGAUCCUUAGGAAUAGAGAUAAGUCAAGAAUAUCUUCCCCUCGUGGCAAUGACGAAAUGUUGCGACGUCCACGAUAUCUGUUACGAUACCUGUAAUUCCGAUAAGGAAAAGUGUGAUUUAGAUUUUAAAAGAUGCUUGUACAAAUAUUGCGAAGGUUACGAAUCUACGGGCGUAACGAUAGUAAAUACUUGUAAAGCAGCUGCAAAAAUGCUCUUCACUGGCACGACAGCCCUCGGGUGUAAAAGUUACAUGGAUGCCCAAAAAUCAGCUUGUCAUUGUGGAGACCACAAGAGGACUUGGAACAAUAAAAAAUACAAAAAAGCACCUCAUUCUGGAGGAGAAUUGUAAAAUUAUAAAAAACUUAUUCAGGUUUUUUAUUGUGUAACUCAACCGCACCACCCUGAUUUCCCUUCUCUUCCUCUACUAACCCUCCCACAUUUCUCCUAACUUCCUCUAGUUUUCCCAACCUUCAUUUCUCUUACUAAGCCUCUUAUAAUUUUCCCACACUUCCUCUCCUACUUCUCCUUCCCUGGUUAUAAAUAAAGGAUGGAGAAGUAGGAAAAAUUAGGGAUGGCUUUAGGAAUGGGGGAAGUGAGAGGAAAUUAGGGAAGGCAAGGGAGAGAAAUGUUUGGAAGUGAGGAAGGGUAGUGAGGAAAUUGAAUGGAAAACUUGUAGGAUAGUUCGGUUGAGUAGGAGAAGGAAAAAGGAUGGGUGUGUGUAUGAGUGUGUGGAAAGUAAAAGAAGGGGACCGGUAGCUACGGAAUUGAGGAGAGGGGAAAGUAGAGCAGGAAGAAGUGUGGGGAAGCGAAGGGUUAAGUGAGUGGAGAACUAGGGAAGGAGAAGUAGGGGUAGAGAUGUAAGGAAAGUGAGAGAAAGUAUGAGGAAAUUAUAAUAGGGGAAAUGAAGGGAGGAAAAACUAGAGG